AUGGCGGGCUCCACUGAUCAAGCCGUCACAAAGCCUACAACAGUAUGUGAUCUUGUCGAGCAGUGGGCACAGAGGCAGCCAGACCACAUUGCCAUCUCUUUUGGAGAUAGAACAGUCACAUACUCAGAGCUCGAUAACGCAGCAACUCAUAUUGCAUGGCUUUUGUCUGAGAAGAAGGUUAAACAUGGAGAUAAGAUUCCUGUUUUGGCGCAGAGAGGCCCGGAAAUGGUGGCCUGCUUCUUAGGUGUUCUUAAGGCGGGUGCUUCGUAUAUCCCCAUUGAUAUAGAAUCUUGGAGCGAAGAUCGAAUCCAGUCAACAUUGAAGCGAGUAUCCGCCCGAGUUGUGUUAAAUACUUGCACAGACGAAUAUCCUGACUAUGAAGAGAUUUCGCACACUCAGAUUGAGGAAGCCUUUGUGUCAGACGUAGAGCGACGCUGGCAAGGGAAUGAUGAUCACCCGUGGAAAAGAAUUCAGUCUACUGAUCUGGCCUACAUUAUCUUCACGUCAGGCACGACAUCUACCCCAAAAGGCGUCAUGAUUCCACACAGCGCACUCUUGAACUAUGUCCAGCAAGGCGGAGAGGAGACUCCCUUUAAUCUGAACGCAACACCAGACGAUACUGUUAUGCUCAUCUUCUCGCCUGCGUUCGAUGCUGCAACCGGUGCCAUCAUGUCGACUAUCUGCAAUGGCGCUGAGCUGAGAAUUGCAACCACCUCUGAUUUCUUACAUACUGUGACGCUUUGUACUAUUAUAGCGUGCACACCGUCUGUUCUACAAACGAUACAAGAUCCAACGACUUGUUCCAAGCUGCGGACUAUUGUGCUUGGUGGAGAAGCGCCACCCAUUGCGUUGGUUCGUAAAUGGGCAGAAUCGUUACCGACUUCUACCAUCUACAAUUUCUAUGGGCCAACAGAAACCACCAUUGCUUCGCUUGUGGCACGACUCCAUGCCGAUAAGCCGAUCACUCUGGGACGUCCAAUGUCGAACGGACGUGUAUUAUUGCUUGAUGGAGAUGCGGAGUCUGAUUACGGAGAAAUCUGCUUAACAGGUCCGGGUUUGGCUAGGGGCUAUUACGAAAAUGAAGCGCUCACAGCCGAAAAGUUUGUGUUCUGGCAAGGCGAAAGAAUUUAUCGGACUGGAGACUUUGGCCGAUUUACAGAUCACGGACUGGAAUUCGCUGGUCGAAAGGACAGCUUUGUCAAAAACCGUGGAUUUCUUAUCAACCUUGAUGCCCAGGUGAUCCCCAUGCUCAGCAAUAGCCCCAAUGUCAUGGCGGCUACAGCUUUCAUGUAUCGCGGCCGAUUGGUAUCCUUUGUAACGCCGGAAACCGUUGACGGCGUUGCUUUGCGAAAGGGCCUAUCUCUGGAAUACGACGCUUUUAUUAUACCAGAUUUGAUUCGCGCAGUGGAAUUUCUCCCUCUCACUCCCAAUGGCAAAGCCGAUAAUCGGGCUCUACAAGCGUUGCUAGACGCUGAAAGCUCGCAAGCAGUGGAUGGUGGUUCAUUGCAAGGCAUUUCUGAUACCGCUUCAAAGAUGGAUGUAUUGAAGGCUGCGCUCUCCUUUGCUACAUCGAUUCCUCUGUCAGACAUAACAAAUAACAGUUCCUUUGCGGAACUGGGUGGAAACUCACUGGCAGGGCUGAAAGUCUUAUCCUUUUUACGAACAAAAGGCUUUCACGUGCGACUUAGUAUGCUCUUUGACCUCCCAGAUCUAGCUGCCAUUCAUGAUGCCAUAGAGGAGCUUGAAGAGGAAGAAGGAGAUGCAGCAGAUCAAGCGCAGACCCCUACCACAGGGCCUUUGUCGACUCUCCAAGCUAAGAUGAUUCAAGCAGGACUUCGAAAUCCUACUGUGAAUUAUAUGCUACUACGGAUCACUUUACCUCACACAGGCAAAACGUUGAGUGGAAGCAGAUUCCAGUCUGCAUGGCACCGCGUCAUUGAGCGGCACUCAAUUUUUCGCACUACAUUUAAUCUGAAGGAUCAAUUACAAGAGGUGCACCCAGAGCUUAACCUUGACUGGGGCAAUGAGGAGACAACAAAAGAUCAAUUGCAAAGCGUUAUCCAGGCCCGCUCCCAAGAGAUGCGCAAGAAAAUCUCCUACAUUGAGCACGGAGAUACAUUCGUGCCCAUCUCUGCUUACCGACUCAUCACCGUUCCUAACAUCGGCUCUACGCUCUUAUCUCUUGUACAUCACAGUAUAGCGGAUGGUUGGUCAUUCAGUGUGAUAUUAGAAGAGCUUCGACUGGCCUUGGACGGCAAAUCUCUCCCAGACCCUCCACAGUUCAUCAGCAUUGCCAAGACUCAAGCGCGGCUGCAGGAAGAUGCCCAAGGCAACGCAUUCUGGGAUGCCCUCCUGGAGGAUAGUUUAACGCAGCCACAGUUGACUCUGCCAAGGCCUCCCGCCGAUACCCCAGCUGCUGACUGGUCUAAAAGCCUUCAAUUGAACCUCAGCUUUACACCAGAUGAGUUGGAGUCUAAAGCACGUCUUCGGCGAAUUACACCAGCAACGAUGAUCUACGCAGCAUGGGGCCUGGUUCUAUCAAACUACAGCUUCACUGAUCGGGUGGCAUUUGGCGCAGUGUUUUCUGGAAGAAACAUUGAUACCAUGAAUGUCGAUCGAGUAGCUGGACCACUCCUUAACACAUUGCCAUUUCCUUUAGAGUUCAAGGAGGAACAGACUGUGGCGGAAAUGCUUUCAGCUACACAGAGUCAGCUUUUGAAGAUGCUGGAGUUCCAAUGGUCUUCUGACAAGACUGUGGCCAAACUGCCAGCAGAUAGAAUAGCCAAUGCAUUCCAGACCAUUGUGGUCAUGGAAUACGAUCUUCCAACGCUGGGAGGAGCUUGCGAGGCACUCCCAGAGCCCUGGAGCAUUGAGCGCGAUGACAUGAUGGAGUUUGGCAUCUCUUUGCUACUUGAAGCAGAAGACGAUGGCAGCCUUCGUGCCCGUAUCUUAUACGACGGUUUGCGAUAUACUGAGCGGAGUAUCACAGGCCUGUUGAGCCAUUUCAAGAGUGCAAUCCAAGGGCUACUCGAUAAUAAGAAUACUCUGACCCAGGAUGUUCGAGACAAGAUUAUCACAGGAGAAGAAAGACAUAACUUAUUGAAUCCGCCAAGAGGCCGAGUUGGCAAUUACCAAGGCUAUGAUACCAUCAAAGACGCAUUUGAGGCUUCUGCCGCGAAAUGGCCAGAUUUGAGAGCUUUGGAGUCUACGCGCGGUUCAAUGACUUAUCGGGAACUAGACGAGGCCGCCAAUAAGCUAGCUAAUCACCUGCGAUCCAUCACAAAGCCAGGGAGUGUUGUUGGCAUUCUUACUGAUGGCUCUCUUCACUGGGUUGUGGCAAUCUUAGCGGUGCUCAAAGCAGGCUGCAUUUGUUGCGCAAUCGAUGUGAAUCUCCCAGCAGCGCGCAUCAAAAUCAUCACAGAACAGAGUGGCGCUUCGAUUUAUAUUGCCGCGAACGAAAAUUGUGCGCGAGUAAUCCAUAAUACAUCAGAGAAGCACGUCAUAGUUUCCGAAGAGUUUGUUGCAUCCUGCGAGACACAACCACAACAACUCGAGACCAUCUCAAAGCCAAAGGACGUCAUUUAUCUUGUUUUCACUUCAGGUUCCACUGGAAUCCCAAAAGGUGUUGCGUUGCACAAUCACAGCCUUCUCAUGGUCAUCGACCAUGAGCCUACGCGUCUCUUCUCUGGGCCUGGUCGUCGCAAUGGCCAAGUCUACGCUCUAGGGUUUGACGUGGUUCUGGUUGAAAUCUUUGGUACAAUUUGCUAUGGCGGUACACUGGUCUUAAAGGACCCCAACGAUCCGCUGGGUCAUCUCAAACGGGUUGAUGCAGCGCAUUCCACCCCUUCGCUUCUGGUAGCUUUAUCACCGGGAGAGUACCCAAAUCUUGACACUAUUGGUCUUGCUGGAGAAGCUGUGCCUCAAAGUCUUGCUGAUGCGUGGUCGCACAAGCGCUUAUUCAACUUUUACGGACCGAGUGAGUGCGCUCCUAUAUCAACUGGGACUGAACUUCUUCCCGGCGACAAAGUAACUAUCGGUAAAGCCGUCCCUCAUUUGGAUCUUUAUCUGUUGGACCACCACCAGUGUCUUGUUCCUCCAGGAAUCACAGGAGAAAUCUAUCUUUCUGGAGAACAAAUGACCCGUGGGUACUGGAACUUGCCUAACCAAACCAAGGCUGCGUUUUUGCCAAACCCCUUCUCCCCUGGCAAAUUUAUGUACAAGACAGGAGAUUUGGGUUGUUGGACAGAAGACAUGAAAGUCGCCUAUGUGGGUCGCAUUGACAACCAAGUGAAAGUGCGAGGAUUCCGAAUCGAAAUGGAGGAGAUUGAAAGAGCUCUCGUACGAGCUGAUUCCGCCAUACAGCGUGCCGCUGCCAUUGUUGUUGACGGUAUCCGCAUUGUUGCUUUCAUUACACCAAGCACCGUUGAUACUUCGGCAGUCUCUCGGAAAUUGAAGACAUUACUGCCAGCUUAUGCUUGUCCUGCUCAAGUCAUGGCGUUCGAGUCUCUGCCACAGUCAUCAAACCUCAAGAUCGACAGGAAAGCACUUCAGUUGCUGGCCACUGAGUACAAAGACCAGGGAGAUGCCCCGUCAACGCCAACUGAAAAGAUUAUUGCACAAGUCUGGAGCCAGAUUCUCAACUUCGAAGACGAUAAUAAAGUACGCAUCACUAGAGACGAUGACUUUUUGGCUAUUGGCGGAAAUUCUUUGUUAGCUAUCAAGGCGGCUCGGCUGAUUUCUGAGUCUAUUGGCUAUCAUAUCCCCAUGCCACUUCUGAUUAGAGAAAGGGUCUUAUCUGGCCUCGCGCAAGCCAUUGACGGAUACAAAUCCUUCUUGUCCAACCUAUCUACUCCAACAAGUCUGGCUGCACCCCAAGUACCAUCAGAAUUGGAAGAAGAGUUAUAUGUUUGGCAUACCGUGACUACCACCAAAUCUCUUCUCAACACCGCAUUUCAGUUUAUCAUCGAAGGCGAUGUGGACGCUACAUUGCUAAAGCGUGCUGUGGUCUCCGUGAUCCAGAGACACCCAAUUCUUCGGGCCCGCUAUGUCCUCGAAAAUGGGCUAUUGUUUCGCUUGAUCAGCGACGAAGUUACUGAACCGCUGGUUUUUACUGGAGGCGCGUUAGAUUCCAAGGAAUUCCAGUCGUUGAUUGAUAAGCCAUUUGAUCUAGCCAAGGAUCAACUGAUUCGAGUGGUCAUCUGGACCCAAGAAGAUGAGAAUUCGAAAAUGACGACUUCGCUCUCACUCAUCACUCAUCAUAUAAUCACAGACAAAGCCUCUCUUGCCAUUUUGCUACAAGAAGUCAGUGAUGAAUACCAGUCAGCAGUUAAUGGUAUCACUCCCGAUGAACAGAACGGAGAUGCUAGUUCUUACAAGGGUAACUAUAUUGAAUGGACUCAGUGGCUUCAGCAGAAUAGCAAGCUACCUACGACACCUGAAUUCAAGGCUAAGCGCGAGUUCUGGAAGAAUCGAGUUGAGGGUAUACAGUCUAUUGAGUUUUUGGACAACCUCGAGACGCAAACUCUUGACACCGAAAUACCUGGCUACCAAUCUUUCGUUAUACCAACCACAGAUAGUGCGGGCUUUUCACAACGACUAGCCCUGGCUACAACCGCGCUUACAGUUUCAGCGGUGUUCAAUAACACCGAUAUCACGCUUGGCAUUCCGUAUAUGAGCAGAGACGAGCCUGGCUCGGGAAGCUUAAUGGGGCUAUUCCUUGACCGACUUCCAGUACGCUUUGCUCUCAACGAAGAUAACAUGGCCGACUCUACACGCCUCAUUAACGACAUUACGACAGAAGUUAAUCGUGCAACUGAGAACCAGAUACCUUAUGCUGAGAUUCUACAGCUGGCAAAGGAUAAGAAGUCUCUCUUUGAUGUCAUGGUGAUUUAUCACUGGCAGUCGGAUGCCUUGGAGCACACUCUCAAGAUACCCGGAGCUCACAUCUUAAGCAAACCUAUCCGAGCCCGAGGGGCCAAGUUCCCACUGCAGCUGGAGUUUAGCGAACAACGAGACGGAUUGCACUGCGGAAUUGAGUACAAUGCUUCCAAUAUCUCUCCGUCGCAGAUGGCAGCUAUUAUUUCCUACAUGCCUAUAGUAAUCAAGGGUCUUGUUUCUGGUUUAGCGCCGGCUGAGAUCCUCUCCUCGUUCCAAACCGUCAAGCACAUUAAUCCCUUGCUGGCUAUGCCUGCUUUCAAGAGUAGAAUUGCUGAGGUUUGCGGUAUCUUCUCUGAGGCGCUGGGAAUACCUUUGACAGAGAUUACACCUGAUCUGACGCUGUUCGACCUUGGAGGAACGCCUAUGACUGCUAUUCGACUGCACUACUUAUUAACUGAAAAGGGCUUACAUUGCGAUUUGCUCAAUAUUUUGAAGAGACCUACUGCGAAAGAUAUUGCUUGGUUAAGUUAG